GCCGUCAAUUACUUUAAACAGCUCUGCGUCUGUUAACUGACUGAAGCAUCGUCGCAACCACUGCCGCAACCAUUUUGCCCACACAACACGAGCUUUUGUGGUAACCAUGACGGUUCAGUAUUUAGAGCCUUCGCAGCUUGCCGCUGCUCUUCGUCACCCUAAGACUCGCGACCGAGUGGUGGUCGUAGACGUGCGUGACGAGGACUUCAUUGGCGGGCAUGUUAAGGGGGCCGUGAACUCGCCUUCAGAAUUUUGGGGCAACGAGCCGCAUGUGGACUCGCUCAUCAACGAGCACAUUGCGGGCAAGGCAGAAAUGGUUGUGGUUCAUUGUAUGUUCAGCCAGCAGCGUGGGCCCCGCUGCGCGAUGGCUCUGGCGCGGCGUCUGGAGGCAAUGGAGCAGCCGCUCAGCCCGAUCCCACAGGUAUUCGUACUAAGAGGCGGCUUCACCAGCUUUGUGCGAACCUACAAGCACGAGGACGACCUAGUAGAAGGAUUUGACAGCAAGUACCACUAAUGAGCUCAGGGCUGGCGGACGGCAACGACACCGGGAGCAAAGUGGUGCAACCCGGAUUAGCCGACCUGGUACAUUACGCAGGAGGCACCUUGCACCGACGCGGUGCCGCGCAAUUUACCGGUGCUUCAUUUUCUUGAAGCAUUUUUGAUAAUGGUGCUAUGAACUAGGCGAUCACUGAGGUAACAUGUGGAGGCGCCUGUGCAGAUCCAGUGCAGGGAGUGCGGGGGGUGGAGUGAGAGGGCUGAUGUGCCGGAGCAGAUCAUAAGCGAGGGCCGUGGCCCUUGUGCAGGGCUGCGUGGCGGGAUGCUGCAUCUCGCAGCUUCAAUCGUAGUUUGGCAAGACGUGACACUGGCAGGAGAGAUGGGUUUGGGCUAACUGUCUUGUGGUCUGCCUGUGGUCGGCAGUAACGGUGGGGGACAUGUAGAUGAGUAUUCGUAUUAAAGCUGGAACAAGUGCUUCAGCCUGGGCAGUCCAGGAAAUGGCUCGUACAUGAGUGCUUGAUUAUAGCAGUGCAGCUUCCGUAAGGGUGGAGAGGGUAGGUCAGCAACGCGCUGUUCAGGAUCUCGCCUGCCCGCCACGCCACGGCGUGUGGGCGUGCUCUGACAUGUAAGCGCACGACCAGGCAGUGAGGCACGACAUAAGACAUGAUGUCAUAAUGCGAGUGUAGGUUUUGGGUGUAAGUACGGUAGAGAGCAGACGGGCAGGAGUGCGAGUAGGGGAGGGUUAGGGGGGCCAGGAGGGUGGGGGACGUGGGGAAUGGGGGCGUUGCGAUCUCCUUG